CCUUUAUAAAAAUAGCAAGUUUUAUUAUUUUUAUAUAAUUUGAUAGAUGGGAAUAUCAUUGUUUAUCAUUUUUGCUGUUAUAGCACGUGUUUUCUUUAAAAAUACGCAUGCUUUAGAAUUUACUUAUGGCUCCACUUUAAAAGAUGAAUUACAGCAUGACCAUGAUAAAUUUGAAUCUGGCUCAUAUUAUCAACCAAUGGAUUUGGCAUCUGAACUAAAAGAAAGUGUCCACAUUGUAAUUAAAAGAUAUCAAAAUGAACUAUGGAAUGUACAAAAUCCAGACGAGGAAAAUAUUGUGAAGCGAGCGUUUUUAGCUGGACUUAAACCGGACUUUACUAAGAAAGAUUGCGUAGACUUAGCGGCAGAGGUUUGCUCUUUUGCUAAAGAAAACAUGAAUGAACGCGAUUCACGCUCUUUAUGUAUCAAAAGCAUUUCAUGUGAUAGUAUAUCGAAGUAUUUAAAGGAAAUGUGUGAAUCAGCAAAAACUCAUAUGGAUUCAAUUUCUACUUUUACUAAAGAAAUUUGUGAAAAAGAAAAUCAAGAAUGCAAUAAUUUAAAAGAGCAUUGCAAAGACAUUUUAGCAGAAUCGUGUAAAAAAGUGCAAGGGAAGUGUUUAGACUUAGGUCUACUUACUCCUAUGGAACUACCUUCUGAAGCGGAUUUUACUAAAACUCAUACUCUACUUACUAUAUCGACAGUAACAGUAACAGAAAUGGCACAAGAUAUAUAUACUCAUAUAAAAAUAUUAAUAAAAACAAAAACAUGUUGUUUAGGUAGGCCUACAAAAACAACAUUAGAAGAAUCAACACUUGAGCCAGCGACUACUGAAAAACCAGCACCUACUGAAGAACCAGGGCCUACUGAAAAACCAGCACCUACUGAAGAACCAGGACCUACUGAAGAACCAGGUCAUACGCAUGAGGAAACGGAUACUGAAGAUCAAUGUUUAAUUACAGAAACAGUGACAGUGACAGCUGUGCCUGAAAAAACCCUCGAACCAGCCGAAAAAGGUCACGGUGUUCGUGUAGAAGGAUUUCAUAAGGCAAUGUUAAUUUGUGCAAUUAUAGGAGUGACAUUAGGAGUAUGGAUAAUUGUUUGAAAUCUGAAAAUCUUUUGUAAUAAUAAGUAUGUAAAA